AAAAAAAAAAAAAAAGAAAAAGAAAAAACAGGAACUGAGAAAUUUAUCUUAUCAGUUAUCACUUCAUCAUUAAUGGCGUCCAUGAUGAAGAACCCAGCCAUGUUCGCGCCUCAUUUUCCAUUGCUGCAACUGCCUUCAUUUUGCCACCGCUUGCCUCUCCCUCUCCUCCGUGGCCCUCCCUCAGCUCCCGCUGCCGCUUCAGUAUCAAAUUCCUCAUUUCGGAGAGGAAGCGGCGACAGAGAGCUCCUCUCACUUUCGUCUUCCUCGGGAUACCGGAAUUCGACUCGGUAUGUGAAGGUUAGGUCACAGCUGAGGCAUCCAAUUAUUGCGCCGGAUGAUUAUUGGGGCACAUGGACUGCCUUGUUUGCUAUUGGCGCAUUGGGGAUCUGGUCUGAGAAGACCACAAUAGGUAGAACAGUGAGUGCUGCUUUGGUUAGCACUUUGGUUGGCCUGGCAGCCAGUAACUUUGGCAUAAUCCCCUAUGAAGCCGUGUCUUAUUCAAUUGUCAUGGAAAUUCUGCUUCCAGUAUCUGUUGCCUUGCUACUAUUUCGGGCAGACAUGCGCCAUAUAAUCCGAUCAACUGGAACAUUACUUGGAGUCUUCAUGCUCGGAUCAGUUGCGACUAUUAUUGGAACUGUGGUAGCAUUUCUCAUGGUGCCUAUGAGAUCACUUGGUCCUGACAACUGGAAAAUAGCUUCUGCCCUCAUGGGUAGUUAUAUUGGUGGAUCUGUUAAUUAUGUUGCAAUUUCAGAGGCUCUUGGUGUUUCUCCAUCAGUUUUAGCGGCAGGAGUGGCUGCUGACAAUGUCAUCAGUGCUUUAUAUUUUGUAGCCCUCUUUGCAUUGGCUUCUAGAACACCUCCUGAACCCCCAACAUCAAUCAACGAUGCUUCAACUGAUAUGGACUCUGAUAACGGCACGAAGCUCCCUGUGUUGCCAACUGCUACGGCUGUUUUUGCAUCAUUUGCAAUAUGCAAGUUUGUCACGUGGAUUACAAAUAUAUGUAAAAUUCAAGGUGCCAAUCUUCCGGGGAUAACUGCAGUUGUUGUCAUUUUAGCUCCCGUUUUCCCAAAACAGUUCAGUUAUUUAGCACCCGCAGCUGAUACCAUUGCCCUGAUUCUUAUGCAGGUGUUCUUUGCGGUUGUCGGUGCUAGUGGGAGUGUGUGGUAUGUCAUCAACAAUGCACCAAGUAUUUUCAUGUUUGCUCUAGUUCAAGUUACAGUCCAUCUUCUUGUAAUUCUUGGUUUUGGAAAGCUAUUCAGCAUUGAUUUAAAGCUGUUGCUUCUGGCUUCAAAUGCCAACAUUGGAGGCCCAACAACAGCAUGUGGAAUGGCAACUGCCAAGGGUUGGAGAUCUUUGGUGGUUCCUUCUAUUCUUGCUGGCAUUUUCGGUAUUGCAAUUGCUACUUUUCUGGGCAUCAGUUUUGGGGUGAUGAUCCUCAGGCGUUUGUAGAAAAAACACGUGAUCAAAAUGCAUAUUUAAAGAUGCCAUUUGUUCACUGCUGAAAGGAUCAAAAUUUUCAUUUUCUUGUCGUUGGGGAAGGAAAGGACCCAGACGCUCGGUUGGUCGAGCACUGAAUGCAGCAAUGUAAGUUCAAAAGGUAAGAUCAUGACUCUAAAAAAUGCUUAACUGGAAUGAAUGUUGUGAAGAUUUAUCAUUGACAAGUACAAAAGAAGUGAAUAAAGAACAGAACUGCUGUAGUUUCUCAAUUUCUUGAUGGUUUUUUUUUUUUUUAAGGAUAGUGUUAAACACAGAAGCCUCAAAGUAGAUCAGUUUGGCUGUUUAUUAUUUACCUUGAAACUGGUCAAAAUAGCGAUGUUUUCCAGAAGAACUCCCCACAGGGGAGACAGAAGCGUACAGAAACUUUUGACUCUUGAAAAAGGCCAAAAACAUCAUAGAGAAAGAGCAGCAAAUUUUCUCUCUCGGGAUUCUCUUUGCGUCCUGGUAUUUGAAUUUUGACUACUUAUCCUUUUUUUUACCCCUUAAUAUAAGAAUGAUGCCUUCUUUUGAAAGAAACAAAAAGAUAAUGUCUAAAGGAGCUUGUGGGGUUGUGCUAUUUUGAAAUGGAAACAAUCAUUUAUGUCA